AUGUGAGCAGAAUGCCUGAAAGAAGGAAAUUUCUGCGCGUAGAUCUGAAGGCCAGGGGGCUACGGCGACUUCGCGGGUCAAGUCUAUGAGUUCAUGGCAAAAUCCUCUGCUCUUGCUCGCGGGAGUCGCUAUCCUCGGGGAGACGAUACUAGAUGCCAAGGAUGUUUUGUCCCCCUUAUUCCCGAGGAGAAAGCUGGAAAUGAAGAAAAGCUGUCUAUCAAAUCUCGAUGGAGACGCGAUGGCUUUUUCUGUGUUUCGAGGAGUAUAUAAAGACUAUAUCCGCGCGAUUCGUCAACGGAAUUUCGUUCGAUUCAACAGGUCCUCCGGUCUACAGCUUCUAGCUUAUCUAAUUCUCGCCGACCCGCACAAAGUCUGAGCUAUGUAUUCUCGUCAGCUUGUUUCUGCGGCCCUUUCCGCGCUUGCUUUUCUCCCCCUAAGCCUGUCAGCAUCGCUCCCCUUUGGUCACUAUGGCCCUGAAGGAACCGUGCUAUUUCUGAACGGCUUCCACUUUGUUUCAGGGCAUAGCGAUUGGGAGUUGUCUGCCAACCAUUACUGCGUAAUCAUCGCCGACGACACUUUGCAAUGCGCUGUGUACAAUACUGCCACGACCCCUGCGCGCCUAGCUGGUAUCGAAUACAUCAUCACUACCUCGGCCUUCGAGACUCUAGAUUACGAAGAACGCCAACUUUGGCAUAGCCAUGUCUACGAAAUCACCAGCGGAUUCCUCAUCGAGCCAGGGCUGCCAGCCUCCGUUGACCAUACCAUUAUGAAGGACGUCUUGGUUGGAACCUACGGCAAGACAUUCCACACCUGGCGCUACGACCAACAGAAUUCAUCCUACCCGAUCGGCAUCCCGGAACUCGUCAUGGGCUACACGGGAGACGAUCAGAUUACCCCUGAUUUUGUCAACAAACGAGACGAGCUCUUUGGUGUCAACACUACAGAGAUUAGGGAAUCACGCGCCGAUAUCCCCCCACCACCGAUUGUCGAGGGCGCAGAUAGCUGGAAGUAUGGCUACGUUUUAACGCUAGGUCUGGUUAAUAAGACGGCGGAUACUGGGUUUCCUCCCCAUGAUGACAAGCAAGCUGUUCUAUCAAACUGAAUGUUUUGGUUCUAAUUGGGGAUGUCUAUUCUCUAAACUGAGGGGUGUUUAGCGCGGAGUUGAAGGCGACUGGGAGUGUAGUACAUUUUAGGGGUGC